AAGUCUUCCCCUGGUGGCUUAGGAAGCAGCAGAGAGGCGGCUGGUGGCUGGUGUUCAUAAUGUCGGGCAGAAAGCCCCGGUCUGUGGCAAACCCCCUGGAGUCUGCUAUCACCACACCGAGUGAGAGGAUACUGAAAGAAUGCCACAGUUUGUAUGUCGACAGCGAAAACGGUAUGCUGAAGAGCACAUACAGAAAACAGGUGUCGCCAUUGAAACGCAGGGGUUCACGUUCAUCACAAGUGGUCGCAAAAGAGAAUCACUGACGGGGAAUGCGACGCUACAUCUCUACCCUCACUUUCGACCACUGCUUGAGUUCAAAGGUGUUAUGGACUAUCUGUCUGCUGAGAUUUCCACCUCCAAACAGAAGAAGUUCAGUCUGGUGACAUUCAUGGACACACCGGGUUUGGUGGACGGGGACAUGGUCUACCCUUUUGAUGUCAACAGCGCCAUCACUUGGUUGGGAGAACAGGCCGACCUGAUAUUUGUGUUCUUCGACCCGAUGGGCCAGGCCCUCUGCAAACGCACACUCAACAUUGUGGAGAAGCUGAGUGAGAAAUGUGGAGACAAGCUGUUGUUCUACCUCAGCAAGGCGGAUGAAGCUGGGAAGGAAACAGACAGACAGAGGGUGAUGAUGCAGAUAGUCCAGGAACUGUGUCGCCGUCCUGGUCUCAACAAAUGUGGUUUUGAGAUGCCGACGAUAUACAUCCCCAACCCCCAGAAGCCGAGCCGGUGUGUGAACCAGAUCGAUGGAGUGUGUCAGACCAUCGAGAAGACCAUCAACCAGGCCGUUCAGAAGACUUUGGAUCAGCUGGAGAAAGACUGUGACCUUAUUCGUUCCACCAUCAGCAGCAGAUUAGAGAAGGACAGGGCUGAUGUGACUUACAACAAAAGCGUCCGUCUGCACUCGUUCUUGUGUGGUGCUCUGGGUAUUGUCCUUCCUACCCUCUUCAUCCUCAGUUUCAUUGUGAACACUUUCUCCAAAGAGCAGCUGGAUGAGCUGUUGGGCGAAGGGCCGGCUCGGACCCUCUCCAUUGUCACAGGAAUAGUGAUGUGUUUAUGGGACUGGAUACCAGAAGAUGGACAAGUUGUAUUUGUGAUCGUUUUUGGAGCAUUUUGCUACCUCCUGCUUUUCCUAGCAAAGUAUUUUGCAGGCCGAGGGAAUAAGACUCUGACGAAGAAGGAGAAGAGGGCGAUGGCAGAGUACAGUGAUUAUAUCCAGGACAUCGUCAAAACUAAGAAGGGGAAGUUGUACGAAUGGUACCUGCAGCAGUGUGCAGCAGAAUAUGACCUCUGACCCCAGAAUAUGACCUCUAAGCUGAAGACGGAAUAUUGCUGCAAGAUGUUAGUGAAUGAUCGGCUCAUCUGCCACAGUGCGUCAUGGUUUAAAGUGGAACCAGCGGGACUUUCUAAACUGAUGAUCAUCCACCAAACGAUCAGGUUUUUCUCUUCUCAGUCGGGCAGAUGUGUAACCCUCCAAUGCAGCAGAGAUCACUGCCAGCAUUUCUCAUCUCAAGAGCUUAGUUUAAAGAUUAAGAAUUUAAAAAAGUGCCUUUACAGGAGAAGCUGUCAUUGUAGUCAUUUGAUAAAAACUAAUUUCAUAAUGUGAAUAGAUAUUUUUCAAUUUUAUAGUGCAUAAAUGCAGAUGUUAGAAAGAAGUGUUUACAAAUGGACUUUUUAUUAAUUUCUUUUCAUCAAUAACCUGCAGCUCCUUUCUGUCAGCAAUAGUGUUUUUUUUAUGAUGUCCUCUGUAAAGUCUGUUGUCUCGUAGUCCUCAAAUCCCACUCCACCAUCCGGAUGUCUGUCAUGUCCUCUUCAGUAUGAGAUGCCAGAAUAUCCUCCAUGCGUUUGUAGUCUGACUGUUUAUAAUACUACAAUAAUCAAUGCUGUGAUAACACUUGGGCAUUAUAGUCGGACAUUUUUUCAAAUAUUUUCAUACCAGUAAGAGCUGCAAGCUGUCUCCUGCCUCCAAAGAGUCUCUGUUUUGUUGUGUGAUUUUUAUGUGAUAAUAUUUACAUAAACCACAGUCAUUUAAAUAAUUUUACAACCAGUGCUGUCACUGCACUGAUGUAUAUCUAGCACUGAACCCUUCAUGUUGUCUAUAGAUCCGGUCUUAUGACUAUAUUACCAUGUUCUGCCUUCACGCCAGUGUUUGUAGAUGUAUUUAUUAGUCUUUUGAGGUGCUUUUUACCCAAAUAAUGUAAAAAUACCCUCUACGGGCUGUUUGCAAUAUGACUGUGAACACUGUCAAGUUUUGUAGUGUGUGUGUGUGUGUGUGUGUGUGUGUGUGUGUUUGUUAGGUGUCCUCCUCAAUAGUGAAAAUCUUUUUUUUGGUGAGAUUUCAUUUAUAAAUUGUGUGUGAAUUUAUCUAUUCUGUGUAAUUUUUUCCAAAAAAUAUUUUCAUUGUGAGAAAUGUAGACUGUUUUUCUUAGUAACCCCGACUCAAAGAAUGAAACGUGUCAUAAAGCUGCAAACUCUGUCACAUCCUCGAAAAUUAUUAAACAUUUUCUACUGACUUUUACUCUA